GAGUCUUAAUCAAAACAAGCACUUGUCUCCGAGAAAUAAGAUUGCAGCGCACAGACAAAUGCAUCAACAUCAGGCGGUGAAUAUCGUGAUCAGCUUCAGCACCAUCAAGACCAUUACCUCGUUCCUAUAGCCUUAAAAUCGGAAUGAUUCUGUACUGAAAAACUCGGACCUUGACAGCGGGAACAUGACUGGAACAGUAACUUGUGGCUUCUAAUGAAGAAUGUCGUACCUCGUUCCUAUAGCCUUAAAAUCGGAAUGAUUCUGUAUCACUACCAAGUUUAAUUUCGUACUCCCUCCGUUUCAUAAAGAACAUAGUUUUGACAUUUUUUAUACAGAUUAAAAAAAUAUUUGAAAUAGAUUAAAGUUCUUAUUAAUUACGCAUAUUCAAUCAAUAGUAUUUGAGAUAAAUAAAAUUAUUUACAAAAUCAAUGAAUUUUAAAUUAAUUUUAAACUGAAAAGUUGCAUUGGAAUUCUAAAAUGACAUUUUUUUUGUAACAAGAAAAUUUUUUUAUAGUGACACUUAAUACGAAACAUAUUACGACGAUCAACAGAGUUAGUUCUUUUAGGAUGAUAAAUGAGAGCACCUCCAAUGGGGGUUCUACCCAUUGGAGUUCUAAAAAUAAAUAUGUGUGUAUGUAUGUAUUGUAUAUGUGUAUAUAGUUGUGGGGUCCACUAAAUAGUGUAAAACCCCUAUCCAAAAGUUCUAAAAGUUUUGUUUUUAGAACUUUUGGUUAGAGGUUCUACACUAUUUAGUAGACCCCACAAUUACAUAUACAUAUAUAAUAUAUACAUAUAUACAUAUUAAUUUUUAGAACUCCAAUGGGUAGAAUCCCCAUUGGAGGUGCUCUGAGUGUUUACACACCGUUGAUGCCUAGUUUGUAAAGCGGCAAAACGCUUUACCAAUUCAAUCAAUAAAAAAUGUUUUACAGGAGCAAGGACUCAUGCCGACGCAUCCAAAAUUUUAUUUUUUUAACUAAAAACCAAAUUUCGUAGGAAAAAAAAGAUUUAUGUUGAAAAGGUAAUGCCGGAAGCUGCAUUAUUUGGUCCUAAUGAGUAUUUAUAUAUUAAAUGAAUGGGAACCAUUUGUUUCUUUAAAGCACCAUCCUUUAAUAAAAUAACGAGUAAACAAUACAAUAAAUCAUUAUAGGACAUAUCCACAAAUCCUAGGGAGACUUGGCAUUGCUAAAGCUCAAAGUUUUUAAACUAUGGAUCCUUAUCAGAAUUCUAAUCCGAGAGGGAACCAGGAACAUAUGCCAUUUGGCUCAGCCGGCGACGGUGGCAGUGGUGGCUCCGAUAUCCCCCAAGGAACAGUUGACAAUAAGCAGAAGAAGAAGCUUCUCCACCGCGACAUCGAACGCCAGAGAAGACAAGAAAUGGCUACACUUUUUGCUUCUCUUCGUGAUCACCUACCUCUUCAAUACAUCAAGGGGAAGAGAGCUGUUUCGGAACAUGUAGGCGGAGCGGUUAAUUUUAUUAAGGACACGGAAACAAGGAUUAAAGAACUCAGUGCAAGAAGAGACGAGCUAAUUAGAGAAACAUGUUAUACAUCGAAUCCGGAUCUAGCAAGAACUGCAUCCGAGUUAGGCAACUCGGUUCCGGCGAGUGUGAUGGUGCAACCAUGCGUGAGCGGUUUCGAAGUGGCGGUGAGCAGCGACUCGUCAGGUCCACAAGCUUUGCCACUCUCAAGAGUGCUUGAGGCACUUCAGGAGCUAGGGCUUGAAGUCAUCAGCUCUCUCACAACAAGAGUUAAUGAGAGGCUCAUACACACUAUUAGAGUCGAGGUUAAUAGUUUUGGAUGCUUGAACUUAGCUUGGUUGCAGCAGAAGCUAGUUGAGGAGUUGAUACCUUCGACGGGGUACUAAUAAUUAAGAAAGAUAACACUCUUAGUCCUAAAGACUUAUUUUUCGUAUGAUCUCUUUUCCAAGUGCUCUUUUUGCUCGUAGAUUUGGUAUUAAAGCUUGUUAAUGGAUAUAAACAAAAGGCGUACGUUUUCGUUGAUACCACAUGUUCGUUGCUCCAAAUAGAUUAUUCUCGUGCUCAUGAACUUAUAUACACCUAAUAUGAAAUCUAUAUAUAUAGAAACAAGAUUUUCACAUGCUUUCAAGUGCAUCAAUGGAACACAAAUAUAUGUUAUAUAUAUAUAUAUAUAUAUAUAUAUAUAUAUAUAUACGUUGGAUAUGGCGUAUACUCUUUUCAUACAUUUUACAACAAAACUAUGUUCUAACUGUUUUCAUGAUAAAUAUGCUAAUAUGCAGAAAUAUCUAAUGCUUUUAUGAAACUUCAUCUUUGGAGCGGGUCUUGAAAGUCAUUCUUGGAAGGAGGCGUAGCUUAGGUUUAAACAAGUCCAGGUACGUACUGUUAUGUUUUCGAAAGGAUUUUAUGAGUAGGUCAUAAAGUUCAUCAUCAUUCACCGCCCACACCGUAAAGAUUUUUGUUGCGUGUUUCCUUUACGUUUUGCUUAUUACCUCCAACUUUUAGUUAUCAUGUGUCCCUUUUUUUGUCAGCCAUGUUUCCCUUUCAUUAUAACGUUUUUGUAUUAUUCCAUUGUCAUGUUUUCAUGCGUUUUUGUGUAUGGAUAUAAGGUUUUAUGAAAUGUAUUAUCCCAUGAAUCGUUAAGUCCUACUGGAAACAAGGCCAAUGCGACAACAUAAUAUAUAGCACCUAAUUUUAUCCAGAAAAGUAUGAAAUUUACAGACCAUAACAUGUACUGGUCUGUUAAUAUUAUCGUUGUGUCGAUGUUCAACUCUGCAUAAUGUAAUAGAUAUAUAGUGUGAAGCCAGGGUAGGUGGGAACUAUCUUUUGGGCUCUAUAGGUCAAAAUCUGCAAUGUUCACGUGUUUCCCUUGUCUCUCGACAUCUAUAAUCACGCACCUCUCAGCAAACAUCGGCCAAAAAUAUGCUCAUAUUCUCAAAUUCCUUGAGUAACUGCAAUAUAAGGUUGAAAACAAAUUCCAUAUUGCAUGCAAGCAAAAUUGGGAGAACCCACUAUGAUAUUGCUCACU